AUGCAACAAUUACUUCUUGAAUACCUUAAUCUAAAGUCUUUUAUAUGCCGUGUGUCUUUUGUAAUUCUAACCACUGGUCAAGCGAAGGACGAAAUCACCACCCGUAUAAAUUUGGCUAGAGCUGCCUUUGUCCGUCUACAAAAACGACUUUGGUCUCGCCAGGAAAUAAGACGAUCCACGAAGUUGCGAAUCUACGAAGCCACGGUCAGAGCAAUUCUUCUCUAUGGUUGUGAAACCUGGCCGCUGCGCAGAGAGGAUCUUCAUAAGCUUGAGGUCUUCGAUCACUACUGCCUCCGCCGUAUCCUGCGCGUGCGCCUCUCCGACCGGAUCCCAAACUCGUCCAUCCGCGCCAGAUGCAACAUUCUGGGCCUGGAAGAAACUCUGCAUAACAGGAGACUCCGGUGGUUCGGCCACGUGUUGCGGUGGCCUGGUGAUGUGUUCGUCCGUAAACUGGUGGCGCCAAACGCACCCACUGGUUGGAGGAAGCGCCGAGGUGGUCAACUCAAGACGUGGCUCCCAACGGUCAAAGCAGAUAUGGAACUCAUGUCCGGUCCUCACGUUUUCGAGAUCUUUCCUUCCUUCUUUCUUUUGUUUUUCUUUCCUUUUUCUUUCUUUUUCGAUCUUUCUUUCUUUUAUUUUUCUUUCCUUUUCCUUUUCUUUUCUUUCGUUUUAGAUCUUUCCUUCCUUCCUUCUUUCUUUCUUUUAUCUUUCCUUCCUUCUUUCUUUCUUUCUUUAUUGUUUUUCUUUCUUUUUCUUUCUUUUUCGAUCUUUCCUUCUUUCUUUCUUUCUUUCUUUCUUUUGUUUUUCUUUCCUUUUCCUUCUUUUUUCUUUUUCUUUCUUUUUCAAACUUUCUUUCUUUAUUAUGUUUUUCUUUCCUUUACCUUCCUUUUUCAUUCUUUUUCGAUCUUUCUCUUUUUCCAUCAUACAAGCGUUCGCGACUAA